ACAGGAGACGCAUUUCAGACGCAUUUCAGCGACCUGGAGUCAGUUGCACCAGCUAUACGAUGUGGUAUGAUUAGACUUUCCCGGCUGUGAUGGAUGAGACAGCAUGAUUUGGAUCAGCACACAUGGUGUAAACACUCCGUGCCACCUUGAUUCAUAUGGUUGCAAUCUUGCCGUCCAGAUCCAAGGCAGGUUACCCUGCCGUCUGGAAGUCAUCUCCUCGAAAGCUGCCACUUUACCCAACUCUGUGCACCACUCACGAAAUGAGGGUGCAUCAGUUGACUUCCAACCCCUAAGGAUUAGCUGUCUGCCAAUCAUCACUCUGGUUCUGUUUGUUCCCAGACACUGGUGGCACUAUGUGGAGUCUGUGGACCCUGUAACCAUCAGUGUUAUCUCCAAGAUUGAGAUGGAUAUGGACGAUGAGGCCAGAGUAGGAGAAGCUCUUACCAAGACCAUUGUGUGUGCCCUGAAAAGCGCACCUAGCUUAGACAAUGACGACCAUUGGCUCAGUCCUACUGAGUGAUAGUGGAGAGACGCCUUAAAACAGCUGAACACGCCAGAAGAGAGAGAGAGAGAACGAGUGUGCAGCGUUACCAACUGUUGAUUGCGUGUUGAAGCUAUUUGAGUGUUUGUGAAGAAAUUUGUUUAUUUUUAAGUGU